AAAAGAAAUAUUAUUUACCCCAAAAAUAUUAAUUUUAGAAUAAAGUAAAGUAGAACUCAGAACCGCCUGAUAAAUAAAAAGUCUAGACGUCAACUGAACUGUCAAUUAAAUGUCAUAUGGGUCAUAUGUAUUUCGAAUUUAUUAAAUAAAUUCGAAUUUCGCCGCCUUCAUUUAAGUUUGUGUUCCUGUUCAUAUAAUAAUCUGUGGUGUUUGGUUUGCCGUCUUGGUGAAUGGUGUAUGAAUGUCAAAGCAAACUAUUUUAAUAUAUUAUUAAUUUAUACUGAUUUAAAACGUAGUGAUUACCACAAACGGCUAAAAAGAUAGUGAUUACCUUCAUUUGUGGUCUGUGGUGAUUACUUACUCUAUGCUGAUUACUGUAUUGUAUAGUUUACACGGACCUUUAUUUUGUAGAAAACAGAAAGCCGAAAAUAUCACAAGUCUAAAAAAAACAUUUGUCUCAGUUUUUCUUUUUAUCACUCAUAAUUGUGUGCAGUUGUUUCAGUUGUGUCGUCGAGGAAACCUGAAGCAAACACUCUGUGUGCUGUGUGCUCAGAGAUUGAUUAACUUCAGUAGAUUUAGAGACUUGAGCUUGAGAGCCCAUUCACUGAUGACAGACUUAGUUGAACAACAUGAAUUAAAUACUAUACAACACAAAGAAUUGAUGAACUGCACAACUGCACAUCUGAAGUGUAAUUUGACACAAACAACAUUAGGAGCUAACCAUUGUGACUUGUACAUAGAUCACACUGAUGAAGAGGAGCAGACAGCAGCAGAGGAAUCUGUAGUGGGAGAUGUUGCAACAGUUGUGGUGAAGAAUGAAGGCAGUUCUGACUCCAUGUCGAGUGAUGAUAGCAUGGAAUUGGCACAAGAAGAUCACUGUGUAUCUAAUGAGCAAUACUCCAACAUGAGCAUCAAGUUAGAAGAGGAGCCACUGGCUGAGGCUGUGAGUGAAGCUCUUCAUAGAGGAGCAGCAACUUCCUGCACUGCAGUUGCAGAACACGAGGUUGUAACAGAGAGUUGCAUAAAGAUUGAAAGUGUUACCUUUGAAUGCACAAUUUGUUUCGAGGAAUUUGUGGAAGAGAAUGCAUACUAUGAACAUAGGAUCAUGCAUCUCCAGGACGCUGGCGGCGACGCUGCAUGUGAUGCAUCACAAGUGUGUGAGCCUCGUGCAGCUGUGAGCCGCAGCGGUGACUCACUCGUGCUGCAGAGCAAGACAGGGAGUCAGAGGCUGAGCGAUGAGCCUCCCCUGGCUGCAGGCUGCGCUCCGGCUGUAGUCGCUCCACUGUCCUUGAGACUGGCUGCAAACGACAAGAGCAAAGUGCAGGCAACUGAAGAAGCAGUUGCAAUCCUGAAAAGCGAACAAAUCUUUGAAACUGACAUUGGUGAACAGGACAACCGAUCGUCUCAGAGCGGCACCAAACUGAACACAAAUAUAAAUAGAUUCACAAAUUGUGUAGUCCAGUUAUACGAUAUAUUCAAGAAACCCAACAAAGCUGUACUAGAUCAGAAUCCACGCGUGAGAACCCCCACUGUUGCCAAGCCUUACUCUUGUGACUUAUGCCAUUAUAAAACUGUACGUAAAGAUAACUUGUUGAGGCACACAAAAUCCCACACUGGUGUAAAGCCGUUUUCCUGUGAUAUAUGUAAUUACAAAUGUGCACAAAAAUCUCAUUUAUUACAGCACAUUAAAACCCACACUGGUGAAAAGCCCUUUUCCUGUGAGAUAUGUAAUUACAAAUCUGCACUAAAAUGUACUUUAUUACGGCAUAUUAAAACCCACACUGGUGUAAAGCCAUUUUUCUGUGACCUAUGUAAUUACAAAUGUGCACAAAAAUCUCAUUUAUUACUGCACAUUAAAACCCACACUGGUGAAAAACCAUUUUCCUGUGACCUAUGUAAUUACAAAUGUGCACAAAAAUCUCAUUUAUUACAUCACAUUAAAACCCACACUGGUGAAAAGCCAUUUUCCUGUGAAAUAUGCAAUAAUAAAUAUGCACUAAAAAGUAAUUUAUUAAGACACAAGAUUACCCACACUGGUGAAAAGCCAUUAUCCUGUGAGAUAUGUAAUUACAAAUGUGCGCUAAAAGAUAAUUUAUUAAGACAUAUGAGAACCCACACUGGUGUAAAGCCAUUUUCCUGUGAAAUAUGCAAUAAUAAAUUUGCACAAAAAAGUAAUUUAUUAAGACACACGAUUACCCACACUGGUGAAAAGCCAUUUUCCUGUGAGAUAUGUAAUUACAAAUGUGCGCUAAAAGGUAGUUUAUUAAAACAUAUGAGAACCCAUAAAAAUAAGUGUAAGAAAUAAUAGUUAUGUAUGUCCAUGUGUGUGUUGGAUGUGCAUGUAGGCUUUCUCGGCAAAGGACAAUGCUCAGCGCCACACACUUGCAGGUUAAUGUCCAAAUAUUUUGAUUUUUUGUGUGCAAAGCCUGAGCUGUGGUAGAUGACUACUAAGCGAUAAAGCCGCCUUUUGUAAUUACUUUUUCAAAUACAUAUUUUUGUUUUAUUUGUAAUUUCAAUUUUAGUUCAAAUCAACAGUAAAUAAAUAAAUAAAGUAAAUAAAUAAGUAAAGGUCAAAAAAACUCAAUCGUCAAAAGGAAAAUCGGGUGCAAACAAAGUCUACGCUUACCACACGACCAUGCCGACUCCAGGCUUGACAAUUGCAUCAAACCUUGCGAAGACUUCACUUCAUUUCUUGCUGGUGUCCGGCACAGUCAUAUCUAUAUUCUGUAUAUUUCUACACUUGUAAUAAAACUGGUCAAUUUCUAUACAUUUAUUUGCAAUUUGAGAUUUUACUUCUACCAUUUGUAACAACAAACGUUACCGUGGCAUACAGUACUACUAGCGCCAUCUAGAAUCUAUACUUAUAAUACGAAUUCUGUACAUUCUGUACAUUGAAGAUAUUACGAAAAUUUUUGUUGGGGGGACAUAAUAUAAUCGAUACUGAAGCCAAAAAUUAUUUUUUUUCGAUUUUUUUGUCUGUCUGUUUGUCUGUCCGUGUUUUUUUGUUAUUCGGGCAGCACGCUGAAAUUACUGAAUGAAUUCAAAUGAAACUUGGCACAAAGACUAUAAUACGGAGAAGGUUAUAGGAUACUUUUUAUUGCGAAAAUAAAAUGAAAAGGGGGUAAAAUAGGGGUUGAAAGUUUGUAUGGAAAGUCCUUAUUAUAGAAGAAAUUUGUUCAUAAAUCAUAAAAAAAAAUAUGAAAUAUAAUGUAAUUCAAUUAUUUUUAAAAUUCAUCCCCUAAAGUGGUGAAAUAGGGCUUGAAGGUUUACAAUUGAUUUUCACGCGGACGAAGUCGCGGGCGUGUGGUGUUAUUUAUAAACCACUACCGGACGCCCGCGCCCGCGUUACCCCGCGUACUCGAUGUAAUCUAUCAGAACCUAUUUCACCCUUCUGUUUAUGUUUUCGCAUGUAUGUACUCGUAUAUAU